AUGGGUAAUUGCGAGUCCUACCACACAGACUUGUUCCCUUUUUGGAAGCGAGUCCUCCGUGCCGAAAGCCUCCCCGACCCGAUCGCGUCGUCGGCCAUCUUGGACAGCUUGGGUGGUGCACCUUGCAAAUGUCUGCCGGGGGCCGCCUCCGCUGCCGUAUUGAUCCUGCAUGUUUCCCCUCCCACGGCCCUCCCUCACUCCCGCGCAGGGGCAGAAGGCGUGAAGGGCGGCGCAGCGACUGAGGGAGGCAGGGACGGAGAUGACAAAUCUAAUUAUUUUUCCCUAUUAUUACAGGUGGUCAAGUACUGCGAACAUGUGCACGGAAAAUGGCACUUCAGCGAGGUGCGCGCCAUCUUCAGCCGGCGCUACCUCCUUCAGAACACCGCCCUCGAGAUCUUCCUCGCCUCAAGGACGUCGGUGUUCUUCGCGUUCCCCGACCAAACGACGGUCAAGCGCGUGGCCAAGGCGCUGCCCCGAGUGGGUGUGGGCAUCAAGUAUGGCAUCCCGCAGACGCGAAGAGCCUCCAUGAUGUCCCCGAGGCAGCUCUUCCGCGCAUCCAACAUGACGCAGAAGUGGCAGCGCCGCGAGAUCUCCAACUUCGAGUACUUGAUGUUCCUGAACACUAUUGCAGGUCGGACCUACAAUGACCUGAACCAGUACCCGGUGUUCCCCUGGGUCCUCACCAACUUCGACACACACGAACUUGACCUUUCCCAACCGUCCAACUACAGAGACUUAUCCAAGCCCAUCGGCGCCCUGAACCCCUCGCGCCGCGCCUUCUUCGAGGAGCGCUACAACUCCUGGGAACACGACCAGAUUCCUCCCUUCCACUACGGCACUCACUAUUCCACCGCGGCCUUCACUCUCAACUGGCUCAUUAGACUUGAACCCUUCACCACCAUGUUCUUGGCCCUGCAAGGAGGCAAGUUCGACCACCCGAACCGCAUGUUCUCCUCCGUCGCCACAGCUUGGAAGAACUGUCAGCGAGACACUUCUGAUGUCAAGGAACUCAUCCCAGAGUUUUACUACCUACCGGAGAUGUUUGUGAACUGGAACAGGUACAAACUUGGAGCAACAGAAGAGGACGGGAUUGUUGAUGACGUUGUUCUUCCACCUUGGGCUUCUUCACCAGAGGAAUUUAUCCGGAUCAAUAGAAUGGCACUGGAGUCAGAAUUUGUAUCAUGCCAGCUCCACCAGUGGAUUGACCUCAUCUUUGGCUACAAACAACGUGGACCCGAAGCUGUACGAGCCACCAAUGUCUUCUACUACCUCACCUACGAAGGAUCUGUAGAUUUGGAUUCUAUACAGGAUCCUGUGAUGAGGGAGGCAAUUGAGAACCAGAUAAGAAACUUUGGACAGACACCUUCACAGCUGUUAAUGGAGCCCCAUCCACCUCGCUCCUCUGCUAUGCAUUUAUCACCUCUGAUGUUCUCUGGUGUGUGCGAGGACGUGUGUAUGGUUAUGAAGUUUGUGAGCAACUCUCCCAUCUGUCAUAUCUCUGCUAAUACUUACCCUCAGCUUCCUCUUCCAUCUGUUGUCACCAUCACAAACAACCAUCAUUUCGCAAUCAAUCGCUGGAACACCAACUAUUCAGUGAAUGUACAGAGUCCCAGCUAUGCUGAAGGAAGCCAGUCACCGUCCACUCUCUUGCCUCUGUCCAUGGAUCCCGUCCUUCAACAAGCUGCAACAGGCAACAGCAGUAGCCAACAGCAGAAGCGUCACCUGGGAGACAACUUCAGUCAGAAGGUUCGCAUGAGGAGCAACUGCUUUGUUACAACAGUGGACUCAAGGUUCAUCAUUGCCUGCGGCUUUUGGGACAACAGUUUCCGUGUCUUCUCUACAGAAACAGCAAAGAUUGUGCAGAUAGUGUUUGGUCACUAUGGUGUGGUUACGUGCCUGAGUCGCAGCGAAUGUAACAUCACCAGUGACUGCUAUGUAGCAUCAGGGGCACAUGACUGCACAGUUCUCUUGUGGCACUGGAAUGCACGGACACAGAUGAUCAUGGGUGAGGGAGAUUCGCCAACACCACGAGCAACACUAACUGGACAUGAGACAGAGGUCACAGCUGUUGUCAUCUCAGCUGAGCUUGGUCUUGUAGUAUCAGGUUCAAAGGAUGGACCUGUUCUUAUUCACACCACAUCUGGAGAUUUGUUGAGGUCCUUAGAAGCACCAGAUGGCUUCCUGUCUCCUGAAAAUGUUGCCCUGUCUCGUGAGGGCUUGAUAGUCAUCAACUAUGAUCGAGGACAUGUGGGUGCUUAUACCAUGAAUGGAAAGAGACUGCGACAUGAAUCCCACAAUGAUAAUAUUCAGUGUGUUAUCCUGAGCCGUGAUGGAGAGUACAUGAUGACUGGAGGAGACAAGGGUAUUGUUGAAGUGUGGCGCACUUUCUCUCUUGCCCUUCUGUAUGCCUUCCCAACCUGUGACUCUGCAAUCAGAUCUCUUGCACUUUCACAUGAUCAGAGAUUCCUGAUGGCUGGUUUGUCAACUGGAUCCAUUGUUGUGUUCCACAUUGACUUCAACCGCUGGCACCAUGAGUUCCAGCAACGUUACUGAACACUUCCCUUGUGUACUUAUCAUUCCCAAUGUUGACCGCACAAGAACAGGAAACAUUGCAAAAUAGGUAGAAGAAGCAAGACCAAGAUAUUUAGAUGUAUAUUCAAAUCAAUAUGAGAAAGCUCUUGUCAUACUGAUAAUUGGUUAACCUGCUUCCAUGGUUUCCUUUGUGUCAUUACAUAUACUAUAUGUAAGUUACAUGUUACAGGUCAGAUUGACUGGAAAAGUGGAAGAUGGAAAUCUUUUUAGAAACUGUUUUUAAGAGAAUCAGAAUAGUAGUCAUUAGUCUUUUACUGAUGACUUAUACAAGAAAGUGUUUUUACUGUAACUGGAUGUUUUAAUUGCAAUGACUGAAUAUUAAGUGGGUAAGACUGCCAAGCUUGAAUUACUAUUAAGUAUGCAAAAAGGAAAAAAGAAUUUGUCUUUUAUAUGUAGUUGCCAUCUUUUAUUUUGUGAGCACAUGAGCUUAAACUAGGUUGAUUGACUUUUCAAAUACCUUGAAGCUCAUUAGGCUUUGUGAUAGACUGUACUUACAUUGAUGAAUCUUUAUUAGCAUUUUUAGCUGUAGUGUUUGGGUUUGCUAGAGAGCAUUAAUAUUAAAGAUAAAAGUUUGUCA